UACCAGUAUUAUUCCGAUAUCUAUCGAAAUCGGAAUGUGACAUCGAAAAUGUGACAUCGCUGACACAAACCGGCAAGGAAACAGACAUUUGGGCUUUCCCUGUUAAAGGCAUCAGAUCGUUUAAGUUUCCAUUAAUUUUUUUUAUAAUAAAAUGAGCCGGAACGUUCUGGCGCCGCCAACUCAACGGCUGAGCCACAAUCGCAACUACCGUGUUAACGUUGUACAUGACGAUUUCGGUGGCAGCAAAUGGAAUUCCAAAAAGCAGAGCUCAACUUCCAAGGGUUACGAGGAACCGGAUCUCUAUGGAGAAGAUGACUACGAGGACGACGGCACCGAGUGCAACAUUGAAGAACAGCCCGACGGCAGCUUCAAGCUGGCAUUGCAUGUGCCCAAAUCGUUUUAUGGUGGUUUAAUUGGUUUCAAGGGCUCAACAAAGCGUCGCAUUGAAACGGAGAGCAAAACUACCAUCCACGUGCCACGUCAAACGGAUGUCUCUAACGAUUUAAUCAUCAGGUCUAAUGAACGCAGUAAUGUGUGCUCCGCUCUGCGAAAAGUUCGUCUUCUAUUGGAUUCCCUACGCAAACGAAUGCGGCCAACUCAUUUCCUAGCAGUACCAUUAAACUCUGGUCAAGUAAAAGAUCGCUUUAUGGAGCUGAAACAAAAGAUAUUAGAUGCCCAACUACCUGGCAUAGACUCGGAGCUAUUCAUAUCGGAACGUUGUAUUCAUUUAACUCUGGGCAUCUAUGUGCUCUUGGAUGAUGCGGAGCGUAAAAACGCUGUCAAUGAGUUGCAAACUUGUCGCCAAUGGUUGGCUGACUUGACCACACCAUUUGAACUAAAAGUCAAGGGUCUUGAAAUCAUGAACGAUGAUCCCAGCUCAGUACGAGUUCUCUACGCCUGUGUAGAGUCCCCACAGCUACAACAAUUUGCCGACAAAUGUCUUAAGCAUUUCCAAACAACCGGAUUGUCUGCCACGGAUAACAAUACGCGCGAUAACAUCAAGCUCCACAUGACGGUGUUGAAUAGCCGCUAUCGUGAGGAAAAUAACAGCUCCUUCGAUGGCCGCGAGAUACUCAAACGCUUUAGCGACUUUGAUUUUGGCACUGCACAAUGCAACGAGGUUCAUUUGUGUGUGCUCAAGUCAUCCAAGGAGGUCGAGGACUUCUACAAGAUAACGGGCAGUCUGAAAUUCUAACGAACCAAUCGAAAUAAAACCAACAUCAAAUGUUACACACAUACACGAUUGAAUUCAUUUUAUUUUGUUUAAAUUGUCUUGUUAUUAUUAUUAUUACAUAUACAUGUGUGUAUGUGAGCAUUUAGUUUGUGCAUUACUCUUGUCCCUGUUGGCACUCUGACAAGGACUCUCCCUUCUGUUAGGUCGAGGAACGUUAACAAUCCAAACAUUUUGUGCUCUGGCAUUGUAUUUGUAUUGUUUGUUGAUUCUGUGGUUUCUCUUUUAUUACUAUAAAUAUAAAAAAUAUACAUAUGCAUAUAUAUAUAUAUAUAUAUGUACAUAUAUAUAUACUUGUGUGUGAUGAUUACAUUUAUUUCAAUAUAACAAAAAAUGGUUUAAACAAAUUACUAUAUACGCAUAGUAGUAGUAGGAGUGAAAUGUGCUUAAGCUACAAAAAGGAGUAGAGGUUUGAUUUGAAUAUAAACAUACAAAAAGUCCAGCAAUAUUGCUGGGGAAGAUAGGGGGGGAGUACAAAGAUCAUUGAGGCUGCUCGUCUGUCUCAACAGUCUCUGUAUUGUUUUGUUGUUUUAGUUGUUCUUGUCACACAGGCACACAUACAUAUAUA